AUGAUCCGGAUGCAGCACCUUAUGAUAGCGACAGGAGAUAAGGUGCUUCCAACGAACCCCUUCACCGUGAGCAAAACCAUCAAUGCAGUUACAAAAGAUUUCAACAGCGCAAAACCACAGCGCGAUGAAAAGAAGAAACUGCAAUACAUCUUGACAACUAGGGACGAGGAUGUUGUCGAGGUGAUCUUCCACCCAACUUUGAACCAACGCAAAUGCGUUGUAACAUGUAGAGAUGUAAUCGAUUUUAAAAACGAAGAACUAGCGAAAGAGCUUUCCGAUCAGAAAGUGAUCGACGUUAAGCGCAUAACCAGAAAAGACGGAGAAUCCAUUAUUCCUACACCAACACUAAUCCUCACAAUUCGCGGAACCGUUGUUCCCGAAUUCAUAUAUUUUGGCUUCAUUCGCGCUGGGACUCGGAACUACUAUCCGAACCCCAUGCAGUGCUUCAAAUGUUUUAAUUUUGGGCACACCAGCAAAAGAUGCAAGCGCGAGGACCCGCUAUGCAGAAACUGCAGCAAAGAACAUCCCAAAGACUUCGAUUCUAAGAUGUGCAACUCUCCAGCACUUUGCAUCAAUUGCCAAGGAAACCACUCCUCUUCUAGUAGGAAGUGUCCUAAAUGGCUUGAAGAAAAUGAAAUAACUAGGACAAGAAUAGAUCGAGGAAUCUCUUACAGAGAAGCCAAGAAUCUACUCACCCAAAACAAUGGUCCAACCUUUUCAAGCGUUUUACAAGAUAGAAUUAACAAAAUUCGGGCACCAAUGGCCGGCUGCAAGUGCAAAUGCAGCUGCGCCUCGGCCGCUUCGGCCGCUUCUAGUCGCGAAAGCACUCCCUCAGUUAUGGACACAACCAUGACCGAAUCGUCUACCGAAAGUUCGACAACCGAAUCAGAUAGCGAAUCGAGGCACUAUGAGGGUAGCGUCAGUGACGCCACGAAAGCGCGCGCUUUUUCCGGCAAGCCGGUGAGCGCCCGCUUUCCACGGUCGAAACGAGCUGAUGCCUUCUCCUAUUCGCCUUCUGCUUCCACGCCAAAUGAAUCCGCUUCAAAAUCGCCAACGGGAGACGUCCCAGUCUGCUGUCCAAAACGCCAAAACGCCGAGCUGAAAAAGACGACCUUCUCGGUCGGAGGUUACAAUCUUCCCGCCAAAACUGCGCUUCGUGGUGUUGUAUAG